CGACAUUUUGAAUGCGCUUUAUUGACAGCGGUCGUACGGUCUAGUGUCAAACAUGGGGGCGCGAGUCGCGCGUAUGUUUAGAAAUUUCAACCUCGAGGACCGAGCGUUUCGAGAAAUCUCCAAAGAGAAGCCACAGGCGGCGCCGCGACACGCGGUGAAGGAGCCGCCGUCUGCCGCGGCCUCUGACGGCGAGACCUUGGUUCACCAGAGGAACGACCCUCUGCUCAACCUCCUCAGGUCUGUGUAUGUGGAGUCCACGGAUCCUCCAGCUGCAGCAGAGGCAUCAAACGAAGUGACACAUGGUAAAGAUGCAGCGCGUCGUCCGCUCAAGUUCACUCUACCAGGAGACGUGUUCGGCCUGGCAGAGCUCACGGACGUCCCUAAAGGCAAACUGACCAUCGCCGAGGCCCUGAAGGCUCUCAGCAGCCACCAGCGUCAGCCGCGGACGUGGACGCCAGGGAAGAUCGCUCAGGAAUAUUCUCUGGACUUGACAGACACUAAGGCUCUUGUAGAGUUCUUCAUCCCCUUCCAGGUUAAGAUCAUUUCUCCCAAGAGUGACGGCACCAAGCAGAUACAGGCGUCUUAGGAGCGGGAGAUGAAAUGUGUCACAGAUGUAGCCACGUUCCAAGACCUUGCUGUACAUAAUAACAAGUAUUUAAUGUUGAUGUUUGGCUCCUUUUGAGGAUUCCUGCACUCCAAUAGCAACACAUUUGUAUCCAAGAAGUUUGGAAAUAGUGUGGGAAAUCUUCAUUUAAAAUAAAAUCAUUUUCAUGUUA